UCUUAGCAGGAAUCUUCGCUUCUUCUUCAAAUUUUCAUUCAAAGUUCUUGAUCCGUACACUUUUGCUGAUCAUUGGUGCCGAGCAGACGAUAAGAUGGAUUCAAGGUUGCGUUUUUCUGUGUUUAUGUUGGCUUGUGUCGUCUGCUUGCUAAUUGAGGAAGCAAGAAGUCAGGAUGCUACCAAAAGGGGCUGUACAAGACCAAGGUUACGGAAUGGUCGUGCCAAGGUUCGCUCCCGGGGUACCGUCGUGUACUACAGGUGCCGGAGGAAGUAUAUUUUGAUUGGGGGCAGUUUCGCAACGUGCGUUGGUGGUGCUUGGAGCAGCCCUCCACCGAUAUGUGCCGCCAAAGAUUGUCCACAUCCGAGCAUCACUCGCGUCGUCUCACUGGAGCUGUCCAACUCGGGUUCGAUGGCCACCUUCAGCUGCGCGCCGGGGUACAUCAUGAAAGGUCCGAGGACUGCCAUCUGCUUGGGAAAGGUCUGGAACGGCACGGCGCCGCAUUGUAUGGGACCAGAUGGUAUCUACGGCAUGGACUGCACCUUCGAAAAUGAGUUCCGUUGCGGGUGGACGCAGGACACGACGGACGAUUUCGACUGGAAGGAAACCAAUGGAGAAACGGCGACAUCUGACACGGGGCCGUCCUUCGACCAUACUCUCGGAAAGGGAAAAGCUGGUACCUACCUUUUCACGGAGUCGUCGAUGCCGCGGGUCCCAAACGACACGGCCCGCCUCAUGUCGCCCGUGUUCGGGGAGAAGUAUAGCUACAGCUGUUUCCAGUUCUGGUAUCACCUCUACGGGAGGGUCGGAGCUGGGGAAUUGCGGGUCUAUGUCAAGCCCGUCAACAAAGAAUUGUCGGAACUGAAGCCGAGGUUUGAAGUGUCUGGCAACCAGGGGAACGUUUGGAAGAAAGAAAUGAUCACCAUUGAAAUACUGGAAGCGCCAUUCCAGAUCGUGAUGGAAGGAAAACGCCUGAACACCUACUUCAGUGAUAUUGCUAUUGAUGAUCUCAAGAUUGACCGCUGCCCACCGGGUGUAGACCCCACUAGUCCCAGUGCAACAGAGGCAGUUGCCACGAACUCGACCGAAACAGCCUCGACGGAAGAACCCACAAAUGCAACCAGCAGUCUCGCGAAAAACGCGACCACAGAUGCCACCAGCAUCGGGACGAAAUCAGCUACGCAAAAUGUCGACACAUCAGCGACUACAGUGUCAACAAAGACCAUCGGGACGAAGGCUGCUACAGUGCCAGUAGCCAAAACAACAGCAGCCGGGGUCACCAAGGCAACACAGGGGAACACAGCCGUCACUGAGGCAACGCAGAGGGUGAACACAGCAGAAGUAACCAAAGCAACACAGAGGAACACAGCAGCAGCACUCACAACGCCAUCAAAGGGGAACACGGCAGCAGUCACUGAAGCAACGAAGGGGAACACGGCAGCAGUCACUAAAGCAACGAAGAGGAACACGGUAGCAGUCACUGUAGCCACGAAGGGGAACACGGAAGCAGUUACUGAAGCAACGAAGGGGAACACGGCGGCAGUGACUGAAGCAACGAAGGGGAACACGGUAGCAGUCACUGUAGCAACGAAGAGGAACACGGCAGCAGUCACUGAAGCAACGAAGGGGAACACGGCAGCAGUCACCGAAGCAACACAGAAUGUAAACACAGCUGUUGUUACCGAGGCAACACAGGGGAACACAGCAGAAGUCACUGAGGCCAGGCAGAAGGGGAACACAGCAGCAGUCACCAAGGCAACGCAGGGCAACACAGCGGCAGUUACCGAGGCAACUCAGAACGGGAAGACAGCAUCAGUCACUGUGGUAACGCGGCGCCUUGGAACAAAAUCAGCAACGCAGAAUGUCAACACUCCUCCGGCUACAAGUGCACCGACGAGCGUCGGAACCAAAGCAGGUACGCAAAAACCAGACAGGUCGACAGCUACAAAAAGUAUUCCGCUUAAAGUGAGCACGCCAGCAGUUACAAAAGCAGCUACGUCUAACUUCAACACACCAGCAGUUACAAAAUCAGCUACGUCUAACGUCAACACACCAGCAGUUACAAAAUCAGGUACAGGGAUUGUUGUAUAUAAGCCAACGAAAAAUCAGAAAAAUACCUCAAAUGCUAUAGACGACAAAAACAUUGAAGUCGAUACGGAUGGCAAUAAAGUCAAUAUGUUUCCGAGGACUGCUGGGGUGGCGUCUGAUAAUGAUGCUUUAUCUUAUCCAGCAACUGUUUAUGUGGCCCUGAGCAUCGUUGCAGCUUUUGCCGUGGUUUUUGUAGUAGUUGGUUUGGUCGGUUACGCCGUGCAGCGGCGGCGACGACCGCGACGGGAGUCGCAGGUUGAGGAGAUGAAGCCGAUUACCUCUGGUGAUACCUUGCUUGAACAGUGGCUGUCUUGGCGGAUUUACGAGACUGUGGAAUGAACUGAAACAUAACUCUUUGGUAAAACUACAAAAUACAAUCGGUAGUCCUGGCAAAACUACAAAAUAAAAUCAGUCGUCCUCGUACAACUACAAAAUACAAUCGAUCGUCUCUGAAAACUAGAUUAUUACCGAUUGUUUGGAACAUGAAGCCAUGUUACACACCCGUGGUGUAUGUAUCAUGGAAUCGAACACUCCCAAAGCGGUGGUUAUCAUGGGUCGGGCUUUUGGCCUGCCGUGUAAGUUUUCACUUGAAAUUAUGCUGACUGAGGCAGGCAAGUUUUUCGGUCGAUGUUCCAGAUACACUCCUAGUCAGUGUCUGAAAUAGAUUUCUAGACGUGGACAUGUUUUAGAACGAUGCUUUGGGAGUGUUAAGGACAAGUAGUUCGUGGCAGAGAACGUGAUAACGACUGACGUUCGGUAGUAACUUUGCAUUGGACUUUUCUAGAACCAAUAUUCUAAUAUUUUAAUCUGUAUUUGGUGCCAAUAUUCUACUACGGGGGCUUCUACCAUUGUUCGCGGGCUUUCACUCACUUCAUGCUGAAAGUCUGAUAAUACUUCAUACGAUAUCGUACGAUCGAGGACUGUUGAUGAGUCCCCGUAAUUUUGGGUUUUUUAUGCUCUCCGGCUGGAACAGAAGCCCAUAGCGUAACAGGCAAACUUGCACUUUCGGCUCUGUACGGUAAAAAGGGGACUAUAGGCAGGAACUGGGUGGUCAAAUUUAUGUUAGGGGUGGAUCGGGAUUGAUUCAGUCAUGAAUGCCACAUACAACGUGAAUAGUUUCAAUGGAAUGACCCCUAUCGGCCUAAGUCUAACUUUUUCAGACCUUCCUUGGCCCCGCCUAUAGUCUCCCUUUAAAAGAAUCUCUUACUGCUGUAAGUUAUGACAAGUACAUGUACAUGUAUAGUUCUUUAUAAUCGAUACUUGGUUAUAGCAAGAAUAAGGUAUCCUCUGUGGGGAGUAGGCUGCAGACCUGAGACUAACCGGUAAAGAUGAAGAAAAUGUCUCCCUGGAAAAGUGUCAGGUCCUAGUGUAUUCUUACUGAUUAUGGCAUGGUUCUAUAGAGACCAUGACCGUCAAUGGCUCAGAAAAAAGCGCAAAAUAGAAUCCUUUUUUUCCCGGACAUUCUAUCCUGGGACAUUUUAAACUGCUACAGCGGAGCACGCAGGAAUUUUCUUUUCCAUACGUGUCCCCUUCUGCUUACUCGUCUGGUUGUUCAAUCGACGUUAGCAGAAACGUUGGCGUCACGCCUUAACGCUAUACUGUUGUAAUUGAAUAUACUAAAGGGGAUAGCGCUUCGUUGAGCGAGUUGAGCUAACGAUCAUUUCCGAGCAUAAGUUAGGACACACGAAGGUUGCCGAAUGGUUUCGUUUUCAAAAUCGCAGUGUCGAGACGAAAUGAUAUUUUUAUAAUCUGUUUUUAUCAUGCAUUUAUCUCUCAAAGCACAAAGUACCAAAAUGUAAAUAUUCAGUUAAAAUGUGAAAAUAUUAUCAAAUAUAUAGCAAUAUUUUAUAUUCAA